AUGGCCAGGAUAGAAAACGGCCGUCAGUCGGUGGACACCCGGAGCAUCAGGACGACCAGCAGCAGCCACCUGGACGAUGAGAGCUCUCUGGGGUCAGACUCAGAGAUCAACGGAUUCACCAGCGACAGACAGACGGAUAAAUAUGGAUUCAUUGGUGGAGCUCAGCAGCACACCGAGGCAUCAGCUCAGGAUUUGCCUCCACAGGUGCUCAGGCAAAGGGAGGUGAAGUGGCUGGACAUGCUCAGCCACUGGGACAAAUGGAUGAUCAAGAGAUUCAAUAAGGUGAGGCUGCGGUGUCAGAAAGGAAUCCCUCCUGCCCUCCGAGGCCGCGCAUGGCUCUACCUGUCGGGUGGGAAGGUGAAGAAAGAGCAGAACCAAGAAAAGUUUCAGGAGCUGGACAGCCAGCCUGGGGACCCCAAAUGGGUAGAUGUGAUUGAGAAAGACCUCCAUCGACAGUUUCCCUUCCACGAGAUGUUUGUGUCACGGGGAGGACACGGGCAGCAGGACCUGUUCCGCGUCCUCAAGGCUUACACUCUGUACAGACCCGAGGAGGGAUACUGCCAGGCUCAGGCUCCCAUCGCUGCUGUGUUGCUCAUGCACAUGCCUGCUGAGGAUGCCUUCUGGGGAUUGGUCCAAAUUUGUGAGAAAUACCUUCCUGGCUACUACAGUCCCGGCCUGGAAGCUAUACAGUUGGAUGGAGAGAUCCUGUUCGCUCUGCUGCGCCGCGUCUCCCCGCUAGCCUUCCGCCAUCUGGAGAAACACAAGAUCGACCCCAUCCUCUACAUGACUGAAUGGUUUAUGUGUGCCUUCUCCAGGACGCUGCCCUGGGCCUCCGUGCUGCGCGUCUGGGACAUGUUCCUCUGUGACGGAGUGAAGAUAAUCUUCCGUGUGGGUUUGGUGCUGCUGAAGUGCAUGAUGGGGACCCGGGAGAAGCUGAAGGCCUGCCAGGGCCAGUAUGAAUCCAUGGAGCUCCUCAGGGCCAUCGAGCCACGAUACAUGCAGGAGGGCUUCCUCGUCCGAGAGAUUCUGGAGGUGCCGGUGACGGCGCGAGACGUGGAAAGGGAGAAUCACACCCAGCUGAAGCGCUGGAAGAAGAACCGCGGAGAGCUGAAUUUCAAAUCCCCACCGAGGAUGCACGGCGCUCGGAUCGUCAUGCUGGCCGAGCCGCCGAGGCGCCAGGACCUGCAGCAGAACCCCACCAUCGUACUGGAGGUGCCUCAGCCCACCCCGCUGCUGAAGAACGGAAAGGAGGAGAAGAAAAGCAAGAAGAAGAGGAGCAGCAUAAGGAAAUCGCAGCCCAUUGUGGUGAUCCCUAAUCCGUACUCUCUUCCCAGUGACCCUCCACCACCGCCGCCACCCUCAGAUCCACCGGCUCCACCUAUGGUUGCCAGCGAGACGCCAGAGACUGUGCCAGAGACUGUGCCAGAGACUGUGCCAGAGACUGUCCCAGAGACUGUCCCAGAGACUGUGCCAGAGACCGAGCCAGAGACUGUGCCAGAGACCGAGCCAGAGACUGAAACAGACCCACUUCACCAGCAGCAAGAGCCUCCUACAGAGCUUCCCCCUGCCAAAGAAUCUCUUCUUCAGCGAUCCACACAAAGCCUUAGCAGCACAGACCAGGAUACAUACCUGUAACUCCACUGCAGCCAGUGUGUGUGUGUGUGUGUGUGUGUGUGUGGACGAAGCACCAGCACCCUUCAGCCAAUGACCAGCGAGCCUCGCCCAUGGCCUAUUACUCUAACUGGACUGUUUAUUCAUUUUAGACACCAUUAUGCCUAUGAUAUUAUUUGUAUACACUAAAGCAUCAUUGCAUCGAUGCUUACGCCAUUUCUCCACGUGAAGCUGAUGUUGCCUCCUGUUGUUGAUGCUUCAUGCUCUUAUUCAGAACUUAAUAUUCUGUUUGCAAGGGAGACGUGUCACUGAGUUAUUGGGAGCGAAGACGUUUCUUCAGAGCAGUUUAAAUGGGAUUUAAAGAACAAUGAGUUGCCAUAGCUUAUGCCGUUUUGCUAUACAUUUCCACUCAAAUUCAACACCAUUGAGUUCAUUAGUAAUACUGUGCAGCAGUGGACGACUCCAUGUUUUUCAACUCCUUCAGCCAUUAUAUUUCAUUAGGGGUUUUGUUCACUAGAGGGCAGCGUGGCAGAGGUUUCAUUCAUUUACAUUCCCUGUUAGUAAAGCAGAUCACAGCAGGGAUGGGAUUCCUUUUAAGGACUUUGGGAGGUAUUAUUCUGACAUUGAGCUUUCCUGUAAGGAAACUUGUGCAUUUCAUGUUUUAUAUUCUUAAAUUUGAAAAUCAUCUUCCUGAAUCCACGAGAUUGAGUCACACCACACUGUGUCUUUUCCUACAAGCGCUAUUUAUUUAAGGAACAGUUUAAACAUGACAUUUGUCGCUUUGUGCAUGCUUUGGUAGUGCACAAAUGGUUACUUUUUUUUCCAGAGUCUGUUGAAUUGAUGUGGUUUAACUCUAAUAUUGACUGGCGCCAGGCACUUCCAGCCACUUUAGAGCAGCAGUAAUUCACGUUACGUUAGCAGCAGAGAGGAGAGCACGGGACAUUCCUCACUGUAAGACACAUUCCUGCCUUGAUAAAAGCUAAUCAGUCUAAAAGCUGUCUCUCUUGCCAAAUGCAAUUCUGUAUAAUGUAUGCAUGUGUUUUCCUGUGACAGCGAGUGAGUGCAAAUCACCUCAUGGUGCUGACCUUCCUCUUGGCUUUGCGCAAAUAUCCAAUUGGAAUGAAGCAGAUCCUGUCGUGUGAAGGGUCUGUUUUUUUUGUUUAUUUUGCUAGAAUUUCCAAAGCAGAUCAAGACUGUUGUUUUGAGAUGACCUACGACCGCUACCUGUGACCAGGCGUAUUAGUUGUUAGUACAGUCAAGAGGAUCAAGAUUUCGUUGGGAUAUCUGUAGCAUUUCUCUUUUGAAAACUUUGCUCAUUUCUUUGGGAAAUAUAACAUAUUGGACAAUCAUUGUUUGUGAUGGUCCAAGUCUGUUUUCUAACUUUGAUCACCAUGAUAAAAGGUAAAGGGAGUUUUGACAAGCAUAAGCACACGUGUAAGAUGUGUUUGUGUAUGUAAUUAAUAUAAAAAGUCUGUGCUAAAAAAAUGCAUGUGUUGGGUCAGUUAUAAAAAAGCAAUGCGGUUUAAAAGGAUAACACAUUUUCAAGCAGCCACUUGCCAGUAUGCAGUAGGUUUUUUUUAGUCGCUUAUAUUACGCACCUCACAUUUCGCUGGUGUUAUAUUUUAAUUUAAUGCUCAUUGUGUAGAUACGACAUGUAAAAUAACAAUUUGUUUUGUAAUGAAAUCUAUUUUUCAAUGUGUAAUGCUGUAUUUUAUUGAGCGGUAACAUAAACUGCAGAGCAGACAUCUCUAAAUAAACUGAAGUGUAGGUCAAUAUGUUUUAGAUCAACUUUUGCAAGACGGAUUGGUAUUAUUUUUACCAUUCACAUUAGGAUUAUAAAAGAAAUGUUGGGACAGUAUACAUCAUCAUCAUGAGUUCAAAUUUUACAAAAUAAAUUUUUGUUUAAAGCCA